AACCCCUUCUAUCCAACUCAAGAAUUAUUUAUUUUUUUUAGCAGCUAAAGGGUUCGAAGUAAUUGAUUUGCUCAUAUAUAGAAAUAACGGGUCUUCAUAUACACUCAAACUUGAAUUAGAUAAGAAUUCAUUCAACAUUAAUGAAAUACCUAAAAUGACUGGUUGGGAAAGAACCGCUCAAAAGAAGCUUGGUCCCAAAUUAGCUGAUUUAGGCUCCUUGAUUAAUCCACAUCAAUUAGCUGAUCAAGCGGUGGAUUUGAAUUUGAAAUUAAUGAAAUGGAGAAUUGCUCCCGAAUUAAAUCUCGAUACCAUAAAAAGCCAAAGAGUUCUUUUGCUAGGUGCUGGUACUUUGGGUAGUUAUGUAUCCAGAACCUUAAUGGGGUGGGGGGUUCGAAAAAUUACUUUUGUUGAUAAUGGCCGUGUAUCGUACUCAAACCCGGUUAGACAGCCAUUGUUUGGAUUUAAGGAUUGCUUUAGUGAUAAGGGUCAAGGGGAAUGGAAGGCAACACGAGCUGCAGAAUCAUUGAAAGAAAUCUUCCCAGGAGUAGAUUCUGAAGGCAUCAGUAUGGAAGUUCCCAUGAUUGGACACCCAGUUACCGAUGAAGUCAAACAAAAGAAGAACUUUGAUGAUUUGAAUGAAUUGUUUGAUGCUCAUGACAUCAUUUUCCUUCUUAUGGAUUCAAGAGAAUCAAGAUGGCUACCUACCCUUCUUGGUACCGCCAAAGAUAAACUUGUGAUCAAUGCUGCAUUAGGAUUUGACAGCUAUUUGGUGAUGAGGCAUGGGAAUGCGCAAGAACCUGAAAAGCAAAGACUCGGUUGCUACUACUGUAAUGACGUCGUAGCUCCAAAUGAUAGUUUGUCAGAUAGAACUUUGGACCAGAUGUGCACCGUUACCAGACCCGGUGUUGCAUCAAUUGCAUCCUCAUUGGCAGUGGAGCUUUUGGUUUCCGUCUUACAACACCCAGAUGGCCGCCAUGCCCCAUACCCAAGUGAAUCUCUGCCUAAAUUCGGUGAAGUUCCUCAUCAAAUUAGAGGAUUCUUACACAAUUUUCUGCAGACAAAGCUUCAUGCACCAAACUACAAAUUCUGCUCUGCUUGUUCUGACCCAGUGGUUUCUACUUUCAAACAGCAAGGUUGGCAGUUUAUCAAAAACUGUUUGAAUGACAGUAAAUAUCUAGAAGAAAUAUCUGGUCUCAAAAAAGUGCAAGAAGAGGCCGAAAAGGCUUCACAGGCAAUGCUAGACAUGGCAGACUUCGAAGACGAUCUCGAGUACGGCGACGAAGAGAUAGACAACGAAUGGAUUAGUUAGUCUUGCCAAAAUGGUAAGACGAAUAGACAUAUAGUCAAAUAUGAGUAUGUUAAUAUAAAUUUUCAAACGCGCGA